CUACUGUACAAAUAUGACGCAUCUGUAUUCUUCAACAAAAUUUUUCAGGGCGCACACCCUAAUUUUAUGUAAAUUCAGAGUUGCCGCCCUUUAACCAGAAAGCGAGGCAUAUUAUUUGUUUACAGUACAGUCCGCGCCAAAUCGUUAUUCGGCCUUCAUGAAUAUCUCUCCCAGCCAUUUUCUUUGUGUCUAACCCUUUCAUUAUUUCCUUUUUUCGAUCAAAUAUUCGAUUCCCAGUUAAAUUAAAACCGGAGAUGGUUUUAUUUUGUUGAUUUGCAGUCCUUCGCACAAUUUCUUUCAGAGACUGUACCCCAAGCCGGCAAAUAUUGCAAAUGGCGGCAAUGUCAAUCUAUAUAUAAAUAUUAUAUUUAGAAUCCUUACCGCGUUUUUUAGUUUUACAAAAAUUCAUGUUUGAUGGUGUAUUGUGCAAUAAGUAAACCUGUUUUCCAAAAAAUCGGUUUCGGUGAUCCUUAUGUCCUUGCUUCAGUUUGAUCUAGCGUACUGCUUACACCACUGACUUCCGACAUGGUGACAACGCCGCCACAGCAGUUCUGCGUGCGAUGGAACAGCUACCAGUCGAAUUUGCAAUCGGCCUUCCCGAAACUACUCACCUCUGAGCACUUUGUGGACGUGACGUUAGCCUGCGAAAGUGAAAUGCUGAAAUGUCACAAGGUGGUACUGUCAGCAUGCUCGGCCUACUUCGAGAAAUUGCUGCUGGACAACCCGUGUCAGCAUCCUAUCAUUUUCAUGAAGGACAUGAAGUUUAGUGAGAUGCAGUCCUUGGUGGACUUCAUGUACAAAGGGGAAGUGAAUGUAACUCAAGAUGAUCUGCCGUCAUUACUUAAAUCUGCAGAGGCGUUGCAGAUUCGGGGCUUAUGCGGAUCCGACCAGCUGCUGAAUCCAGCGUACUUUAACACCAUGAAGCAACAGAACUCGCAACAUGCUCCACAAGCUCAUUCUACACCCAAACCAUCAAAUGUACACCAUCAGCAAGAAACCAAACCUCAACCUAGCCAAAUACCAAUGACAAACCCAAUGACAAAGAUCCCCGAUAUACCAAUCAAAAAGGAACAGAAUCAGGUACCUGAAGUUUCUGACAGCGGUAACAACCCCUCGUCAUCCGACUGCGAUUCAAAUGAUGGGAUGUUGCAUAUAAAAGAGGAUGUUGAUGAUGAACCAGAAGAUUCAACGUUCUUCGAUGGAGAUAGUGAGUUGAAGGAUAUGAUGGAUCAGGAGAUGACAGAAGAAGAUGGUCCUGUCAAUACUGAGGCGGCGUUGUCACCAGGGCCAAUAGAUAUUAAACCACAAUUUGCCGCCAUCGCCAAUGUCUCUUGUCAUUACGAUGCAACGACGGCUUCAGCGAACAGACGCAUUCGUAGAUCAGAUGAGGAACUUCGUAGAGCUGCCGAAUGCAUAACUCGUGGACAAACUUUUCAGACUGUUAGCGACCAGUUCAAUAUCCCUAUCAGCACCAUCAGAUUUUACAUGGCUCGCAAGGGCAUCUUGCCGCGACGGAAGCGCGGCCGAGCAUGCGCGGGCGGAUCUAUGAGCCUGAGCGGCCUAAACCUGUCUCAUUCGCCGGCGGCAGGCCUUGGUGGUCUAGGGUCGAUGAGCGGUGGAGCGGCACAAAUGUACGCCUCACCGGCUAGUCCCAUUGGCCCGCCUUACCACAUUGUACAUUACAAACUGCCCGCUCUCGGCGUCUCCAAGCUUAAAUAGGCGGGGCUUAGGGCGGCGAACGGAAGUCAAGCAGAUUCAGAUGUUUGCGCUGGGUAUGACCUUUGAUUCACCAGGAAAAUCACAUUUUGCUUAGUCGAAAAUUGUUUUCAACUGAGACUACAGGAUAGCCAGACUGACACACCGCGAUCUCUGGUUGACAAACCGAUUUUAAACAUACAUCACAGUUGAAAAUGCUCAAACUAUUUUCCACGAUACUUCAAAACAUCCUAUUUGGAUGCUCCCUUUUGCAUUAGUAAAUGUACUAACUAUUUUUACCAUUAUUAAAAAUAAUUUUUAAUUGACUUGUAUAGUCAAAGUAUGGCCAUGACACUCAGCAGCCAUAUCAGUCGGUUCAAUCCAAUUGUAUACCAAGUCUUUUCUGACCACUCUAUCCAAUAAGACUAACAUAAAAGCAUCAGCAUCGUUAGGAAGUCCGAUUAAGCCAACCAUGGUCAGCUGUUUCAUCAAAAUCGACCACUUAGGAAGUAUGAAACAGUGCGAGGUACGUCCUUUGACGAUAUUGAAUAUUUCUGAAUGAUCAGCUGGCAUUUAUUGUUUUUUGCCGUUUUGAAGUAUCGUAAAAUAGUUUAGAAUAUACCUUCAAAGCGUUAUUUUUGGAUGUUGCUAAUAUACUCUAUUUUUGAGGCACAGGUUGCUAAAGUAAAAAAGGUUUAUACUAACCAUAUUGUUUUCCUAUAACGUCAUCAUCAUUUGAACCUGCUACCUUAUAAGUAUACUGUAUCUGUGAAAGCAGGUUUUUCAAUGUAAUCCAAGCAGUAAGAGAUUAUGGAUUCAUAAUAUGUCGCAAGAUCUUAUCUAUAUAUGGUUACAUGUUAUUUUUUGCGACUACUCUUGCAAGAAACUUUUUGCAGCAGGUAUUGAAUUAAUUAUUAUCAGAUGAUUAUGAUGAGCUUCAAAUCAUUAAUUUUCUCUGUAAUGUCAUUUCGAAUAUGCCCUAAAAAUAGAGAGCUUAGUACAUACAGGGUUUGUCCGAAAAGUAAUAGGACUGAGUCGAUUUAAAAAAAAUUAUUGAGCCAAUCGUUACAAUUCUUUAAAAACUUUCAAAAUAGGAAACAAAAAAAGUCCGGGGGGGGGGGCACAUCUGGGCUGUGGGGCGGCUGUGGAAGCGUUGGGAUGCCGGCCUUGGUCAGGUAGCUGUUCACAAGAAAGACGGUGUGAACCGGGGCGCUGUCGUGGUGCAACUUCCAGUCGGCUGCGAUGUCUUGUCGGACCCGACUGACCCUUCGUUUGAGUCUCCUGAGCACUUCCACGUAAAACUUGGCGUUGACGGUUUGUCCAGGAGGAACAAAUUCAUGGUGGACGAUGCCUUUGAUGUCAAAAAAGACAAUGAGCAUCGUUUUCACUUUGUAUUUGCUCAUUCUUCCCUUUUUUGGGCGAGGAGACGCCGUCGUGUGCCACUCGGAAGAUUGCCUCUUUGUCUCGGGAUCAUACUCAAAGAUCCACGACUCGUCACCUGUGAUUACGUUAUUCAAAAAUUGGGGGUCACUUUCACACAUGUUCAAAUUUUCUUGGCACACUUCCACUCGCCGCAAUUUCUGGUCGUCAGUGAGCACUUUUGGGACCAUCUACGCGCACACCUUGCGCAUGUUCAAAUGUUGUGUCACAAUGUCAUGAACCAUAGAUUUUGGUAAAUUUAACAUCUGAGCAAUUAAGCGAAUACUUAGUCGACGGUCUGAGUUCAAAACUUUGCGCACACGAGUCACAUUAUCGGUGUUUGUCGAAGUCGAAGGUCUUCCAGCACGUUCUUCAUCAGCGACCUCUUCCCGGCCCUCCAAAAAGGCCUGGUGCCACCGUAACACACCACUUCUUGCUAAACCAACACCUGGGUAAGACUGCUUGAUCAUAUCAAACGUCUCUCGCAGAUUUACCGAGUUUCACACAGAAUUUAAUCGCGUACCUCUGCUCUAACGAACGCUGCAUUUUCGGCAUGCACCACUCACAGAAACACGUCGCGCGAAAAUGCCUGUCCUGACUAUCCAAGUGCUCGGAGACAACUGACCAGCCGCUCAUUCGUUAGCUAGGAACGCCCUCUACCGAAUCCAGUACAGUCAUGGUGGAAGAAAAUGAGUCCUAUUACUUUCCGGACAAACCCUGUAAGCCCCUGAAAAGCCAGUGUAGCGUUGAUGCUCUAUAUUCACUAGUUUUAUGCAUUGGCAUUUGUUUAGAAUGAUCGUAAAAUAAUCUUACAUUUAUAAAGAAACUUCGUACCAAUAAUAUAAAAUGUGUCAUCGCUGAAUGAUCAGGAUCUGUUUAACUUCCAAAAGAACUGAUUAUGUUGAAACUAUUAUUACAUUGUUUGCCAUUUUUUUGUCUUCAUACCGAGUAAUUUCUUUUUUAUAUUUAUUUGAGGAUCUCGUUUUUUAUUUCCUAUUUUUUAGACAGCUAAAUAGUUAUUAGGUAUGUUUUUUGCUGCCAAAUAAGAUGUUUUUGCUGAUUAUUUAUUUUUUGUCUACGAUUCGUGUUUUUAUAGAAGUAAAGAGAAAG